GGAACAACAAUUUUAUUAAUAACCAAGAAAGCAGUUGGUUCAGUUGUAAACAUUCUUCAACGCAACAAACACUCGUUCAGUCGCACUGCAAGUGGCACCGCUAAAGUACGAUAUCGGCGAAGACAUAGCAGUCAUUACGGAAAAGAAUGGUACCGUUAUUUUGUGUUGUAAUUGCAGGAUUAUGUGGGUUAGUGGUACCGGCCCCUGCACCCGAAGAAACUGAGUUUUAUACAACGAAAUAUGACCAUGUAGACGUAGAGAUGAUACUUAACAACAGGAGAUUGGUGAACUACUAUACUGCUUGUAUGUUGAAUAAAGGACCGUGUCCUCCAGAGGGAUUGGAACUUAAAAGGAUACUGCCAGAUGCUCUAAAAACAAACUGCAAAAGAUGUACGGAUAAGCAGAAAGCUACCACACUGCGCACCGUCAAACGAUUAAUGAAGGAAUAUCCAAAAAUUUGGGCCCAACUCAAGGCGGAAUGGGAUCCCGAGGACAAAUACGUAAAGCUCUUCAUCACCACUUACAGCAACUGGGCCAGCAUUCCCGAGCCUGAAACUCCCAUGAUAAUCUUCGACAGAUUCGGAGAUGAAUAUACUUCAGAACCAUCGAAAGCCAAUGAGACGAUCCAAGAAUCAUCAUCACAACCAACGUCUUCUACGACUGAACGUGUCUGGUUGCCACCCAUCCCCCCAUUGAAUCCAAAUCCUGGAUAUAGCCCACUGGGUAACAGUAUAGGACAGGGGCUUAGAGCUACGGUUAAAAUGGUAAAAUCCUUCAAACUUACUGUGCUCCACUUAGCAACUGAAAAAAUUCAACUUUUUAACAAGCUGUUGCUUGGUAGAAAAUAAUAUAAAUGCUGUUAUUAAAUUAUAAGUUUCGUGGACAGAUGGAACAAACAUUUUUACUUCAUCUUUCGUAUGUGUACAGUAGUAGUAGUUACUUUAAUUUAGAAGAUAUUCAGCCUCCUGUGUCAAAUAUAUUACCCAUAUCUCGGUGCACGAACUGCAAAACUUGUUGUUGACAUUUUCGUAGCAUUCAAAAAUUAUUCAAAAAAUAUUAAAAACAUCUUUUCUCACACCAAGAUAUGGAUAUUAUUUAUUUAUGCAAUUUUUUUUAUUCUUCACACUUUUAAACGGAAAAAUACAUUUAACUCAUCUCUUUCAUGAAUAACUGCAGUUAAUUUAAAGCAUCUGUAUUCGUGAAGUAAAAUAUUGUGGCUGACUUUGCGUCUGCUGGAGUGAGUUUAACACAUUUUUUAAAAACCUUUUCCUCAGGUCUAGAUUAUAUAGAGUAGAUUACUCAACAAGGCUGAUACAUGCACUAUUUUUAAACUUCAACAAUCAUUAUCUGCCUCUCUGUGUUAAAAAAUUACCACAUUUUUCUACUGUAGAAGUAAAAUAUUAUUGUCGUAAGGGUUGACUUUCUGUUUGCUGGAAUGAGUUAAUCACAUUUAAAAAAAAUUUCUCAGGUCUAGAUUAUAUUGAGUAGAGUAGGUACUCAACAAUGCUGACAAGCACUAUUUUUUAAAGCUCAACAAUAAUAUCUGCCAUUCUGUGUUAAAAAAUAUCCAAAUUUUUCUACAGUCGUUGACAUUAUCAGGUUGAUAAUCUUGUUUAUUAGAUGAUACUGCAUCUGUUCUGAAAGUAUUUUCAGAAAAUCAGUAGGGUUUGCAUGUAUGUACCAAUUCCAAAACAUUCAAAUAUCAUUGCUUUAGCAUGGUCGAGAAGUACUGGAUAAACAUGAUUUUUAAGCAGCUGCAUUUUCGUGUUCACGUGUUUUUGAUGAAUUUUACUUGUUUUCCAUCUUUUUUAUUUGUUGAUUUCGCAUCGGACCCUCCGGUUCCAGGCUUUUUUUCCGGUCAUGGACGAUGUCCUUUGGCACUUUCACUGCCUUCUCCAUAUCGAAGUAUUUUCUAGCUGAUGCUCUUCUGGCAAAUGCAUCUUCUGGUUCUUUCAUUGCUGUGUAUUCCUGGGAAACCUGAAAGCCACACCAGUGUGAUACUGAUAUGUUCCGCUGGUUUGUUGAGUUCUUUUCGGAAUUUUCAUAUUAGCCUUAGAACCAUGUCGUGGUAUCUGGUCCAGUCUGCUGCCGUGUGUCUAGUGGUAUCACUUUUGCGUUAGGAACUAAAGUAUAGCUUGAAAAGUUGUAUCAAAAACACUUUACCAUCCUGAAUAUAUUCACGUGACUUAUUUUCUUCUUCGUGAGGUUUCAUCUUCUAUCGAAGUUUAGAUAUUAACAUGGAAAUUAGUACUUUACAUACAGCAGUUCUAAAUAGUUGGCUAGACUAAACUAAAAUUAAACCAUUCCCUUAGAUUUUGUAAGCACGAAAUUCGUCUUCUUUCUAUAUCUCUUUUAUCUUUUAUUUUGCCAUUCUGUAAUCAAACGCAGCGGAUUAUAACGAAGACCUCUUACUAUAUGACCGAAAUAUUCAAUCUUUCGCCCUUAAUUGUCUGUAUAAUUACUUCCCUCUAAUUAAGCCUACUUCGUAACUUCUUUUAGCCGUGAGGGAAAACUUAGCUGAGGAUUCCUUGUAAAAACUUCAUGGAAAUUUUCAUUUCUGCAUCCUUGACAGACUGCACCUAGACAAAUCUUUGCGACCAUCGCGUUUCUCAUCUGAUUUUAGGGCUAAAUUAAUUUUCGUCUGACUUUCGUGCUUUGAUUUGCAGGAUUGUAUUUCUACGAGGGUACUUUCUUGUUAGUAUUUUUCACUGUCUCCUGACUAUGGUUAUCUGACUUAUAGUUAAAGUACUUAAAUUUUCCCAUAGUCACUUGCCCUUACGAUGUAUAAAUGUUAGUAUAUAUUUUCCGACGACAAAAUGAAACAAUCAGCAAACUAUUUAGAGCGAAUCAGUAAACUCGUUCUAGCAUUUUUAAAUGUAAGGGGAGCAAAGUAUGCUAAAUUUGCAGUCAUUCGAGCGUUAUCGGGACCUAUUGGGUUGUGAUUAUUAGGUCCUAAAACCAAAAAAGUUAAGUAAAAUUUUCCAUUUUAGUGGGGACUUUCUACUUUUUAUUUAACUUUUCCAUUUCCGGCAAUGGUUUUUCCCAUUAUAGCGCCAUCUAUCCAUAAUUCGAAAAAAUGUGUCGAAUAAAAGUUGCUUAAUUUUAAGCAAGGAAUCGAAAUCUGCAAUAAAAAUUUGAGGGUCCAAUUUAAGAUUCUAAAGUAACCCCCCACUCCACCUCCGUGGGGUGUCGUGUUUGCGACCAUUCGAUAGAUUUUUGGAAAACAUUUUGAAAGUGUAUUUUGCAGUUUUUCGAUCUGAUGUUCAUUUUACGAAAAAUCGCAGGGUUUGUAUUUAAAAUUUUAAAUUUACCCCCCAUCCCUUUCCGUGGGGGAUCAUGUUAGUACCAUUCGAUAGGUUUUUGAAAAAUAUUGAAGAUGUAUUUUUAGUUUUUCGAUCUGACGUUCAUUUCGCGAAAUAUUCGUUUUUUGUGAAAUUUUUGACUCACCCAUUUCCUUACUCAUCAGAUUACUCAAUCAGAUUAGAUCAGAUACUCAAAUCGUCAGAUUUUUAAAAUAUACCAUGUUUUGCAUGUACUUAACUUACCUUAUCUUAAUCUAACAAUAUAGAGUAUUUUUAAGGAUAGAUUUUUUUUUCGGGCCCCCCUUAACGAACUUCCCUGUGUUAAGAGCCAAUAUAUGGUAGAGGUACAUCUGCAGGGUACAAGGCUUUUUCCCCGUAUGAUAAUCUGACGCGCUCGAGUAACUGCAAAAAUCCCUGCUUGGGCUCCCCUACUAAAACUCAUAUUAUCAAAUUGCGCUGUUGGGAAUUUUGUACAAACAAUAUAGACUAAAUAGGUGAAAUUUCUUAAUCAUUUUAGGCACGAUGAGACCCUAUAACUUAAAUAGUAGAACCUAAAAAAAAACGUUUCAACACUGUGCCGUCACUUUUCAGUGGCACAUGCGUCGACAGUGGCGCAUCAAACUUUCCACUUAUGGACGGGAUAAAUAAAUUAAAAGUUAACAGAACUUACUAACAGAAUUAAAUUUUUUUAUUUUUUUAAGUUCUAUGUGAUUAACACAUAGGAUUCAUCGUGAUUUUAACCCACCACCCCCUUCCCCCUGCCCCCACCAUCAAAAACUUCAUUUUUCGUUUUUAUUUUUUUUUUGGUGGGAUACAAUCAAUUUUAAAAUUUCAAAAAAUUCACACGCAUAGUUGAGGCUUUUAUAAAACACACCUAUUUUUUAUAGACCCAUAGGUAGAGUGUACAUAACCUCAAAAAAUUAAAAGAAAUUUUUUUUUCAAAAAAGCGUAUAACUUUUUUUGAGGAAUAGCUGCCGGUCUAUUUUUUUCUUAAUCUUGUGUGUUUUAUCGAACACUAUAUUUUAAAUUUUUUUCAGAUUUUUCCGUAAGUCUCCCCACCUACAAAAAUCCGAAAAACUGUUUUUUGGGGGGUUUUGGGGGAUUUUCCCUAUUUUAUAGACUUCAUAAUAUAUCAAAUCAAUUUUGUUUUUAUAGGCUAUAUGUAACUUGAAGUAACUGAGUUCUUUAGAGUAUUUAAAAAUCAGAAAAACACGUUCAAACCCACCAAAACCCCCUUUAAAAACAGUUUUUUGGAUUUUUGAAGGUGACCAACGUUACAGAAAAAUCUGAAAAAAAUCAAAAAUAUAGUGUUUGAUAAAAUACACAAGACUAAGAAAAAAUUAGAUCUGCAGCUAUCCCCAAAAAAAAGUUGUAUACUUUUUUUCAAAAAAAAAAAUUUAAAAUUUUUUUGAGGUUAUGUACACUCAACCUACAGGUCUAUAAAAAAUAGAUGUGUUUUAUAAAACCCUUAACUAUGCGUGUAAAUUUUUUGAAAUUUUAAAAUUGAUUGCAUCCCACCAAAAAAAAAAUAAAAUCGAAAAAUAAAGUUUUUGAUAGUGGGGGCAGGGAGAAGGGGGUGCUGGGUUAAAAUUACGAUGAAUCUUAUGUCUUAAUCACAUAAAACUUAAAAAAAAUGAAAAAAAUUAAAUUCUGGUAAUUAGGGAGGGUAUUUUUUAAUUUAUAUAUCCCGUCCAUAAGUGGAAAGUUUGAUGCGCCACUGUAGACGCAUGUGCCACUGAAAAGUGACGGCACAGUGUUCAAACGUUUUCUUUUAGGUUCUACUAUUUAAGUUAUAGGGUCCCGUCGUGCCUAAAAUGAUUAAGAAUUUUCACCUAUAGCGGCUCUUAGUCUAAUAAUUUUUGUUCGGUUUAAAAUGCUUAGUAAUAUGCGAGACCUGUUUGCCCUACAAUUUUUUAUUCAACGUACGUUUCAGUAAUUCAAGCAAGUAAUUAUUCUAUUUUAUCUUAUGUUAGAUCAUUACUUAUUAUGAGUUGUAGAGAUAGUUCUUGUUUACUAGUACGGUACGAUAAAGAUGCAUCCUUGUUUAUAUAUUAUAUUAAUAUUUUUUAUUAUUAUGACACUGUUGAAAUGAAUUUACUACAGUGUGGUUGUACUCCUGUAUUUCUUAGUGUAUGGCUGUGUUUUUCUUUGAAACAAAUUUAUAUAUCGCACCCUCAGUAAUAUAAGGGCUUAACUCAAAAUUUGUGUUAACUGUGAUUUUAAAUGAUAAGGGCACAAAAUGAAAUUCUGUACCGGUUAGCAUUGACAGAGGGAGAAAAAAGAACAUGAAUGGUUCGGUAAAUAUAUUUGUGCCUCUCUCACUCUCACCGGCCACCUCUGGUUUUUACUGCUACAAGGCAGCAAUCAGUAACAUGUCUUUCUGUGACGAAAAUGCUGGUUAGUUUGUGUUUUAUCAUUUAGUAUUAUAUAGAAUAAAUUUUAGUUGAGCCGUUAUAUUAUGCAAAAACUAAAUAAUAAAUAGGUCUAAUUUAUAAUAGAUCGCUAUUUUGCAUAAACAAUAACAGCGCAUUAAUAAUAUAAGGGAUCAAACUUAAACAGUUCCUUAUUUCUGUUGUUUUUUGUACUAUAUGGGACUAACUUGAAAGUAUUAUUUUCAAGUACAUGUAAUUAAUGGAAUUUAUUUAUAUGUUUUUUCCUCAUUGCUAUUUAUAGUCCAAUUAUCAAAUAACAAAUCUGCCAAAUUUCACAUUUAUAACUUAAAUAACAAGCAUGGUAUUUGAAAAAAUACCUGUAAUUUUGGAAACCAGAAUCUUUAAACGCGAUUUCCCAAAAAUCUACUUCUUUGGAUUGUGCCUCUAUAUUACUGUGGGUGCGAAUAUUUUCAACCAGAAUUCAAAAAAGGCUGAUUUAUGUUAGAACGGGCCGUGAACAAAGCGGCUGUCUUGUGGGGCACGUUGAAGAAUCGCGUGAUAUGAAAGACAUUGUGUAGUUUAUAGUACAAUGGGACGUGGCGACAACGGGAUUUAAGUUAUCGCCGCUAUUGCAAAAUUUAAAUGAAAAUGGGCAGGAUAUCUAGCAAGUGAAACUGAAGAGAAGCAUGCAAGGAAUAAUACAAUAGCGAACAAUAGAACAUAAACGAGGCAUAGCAAGACCGCAAAAAAUGGAUCGAAUACAUUAAAGAAAGGCAGGAAAUAACUGACACGAGAUAGCACAAGACAGGCGAAUAUGCAAGAUAAAAGGGGAAGUCUAUGUCGAGGACUGGACUAGAAGAGGCUGCUAAAGAACAAGAAGUUACAUUCUACAAUGAAUGACGAACAUUUAAAUGUGUGAGGAAGUAACCUGCUAUUUAUGAUAUCCAUGCAGGGUGGACCGUCGAUCAUCUUUUCGUUCUUGCAUCUUCAGUCAAAGCUAUAGCCAUCGCUAGCAAUUCCAUGUUCCUAAAAUUAAUUUUUUAACUUACUUACUUACUUAAUCAGUAGACCCAGUUGUACUUUUCGGUGUUGGGUCGUUUAUAAUACAAUUCAUUAAUUACAAUAUUUUACAAUCUUCUGAGGUGUCCUAGCUCUUAACGAACUUUCUACAUUCCUUCCUAUUGGAUGCCAUCUGUGUUGCUUCCUGCCAAGUCUUACUCUUACUCUGCAGUAUCUGCGAGAUGUCACUGUUCCAUUCUUUAAUCGGUCUUCCUCUUGUGUUCUUCCCUAUUGGUUUGGCGUACCACACUCUUUUUACUUGUCUAUUAUUGUCCAUCCGGGUUAGAUGUCCGAAGCAUGCCAAUUUUUUCUCCUUGAUUGAGUGGCGUAUCGGUUUGAUUUUGAGUCUUUCUCUUAUUUUUUCAUUUCUGAUUCUAUCAGUUCUUUUUACUCCAAACGUUCUUCUGAGGUAUUUCAUCUCUCCUGCCUGAAUUCUGCUCUGCUGUAUUUUGUUUAAUAUCCAAAUUUCUAUUCCGUUAUGUCACUGUAGGUCUAUAUAUUGUUUUGUAUAUUGUCAUCUUGGUAAUUGUUGAUAUUUCUUUGUUAUUAAGGAAUCCUCGAUUUAGUGCUUGGAACAGUUUUCCUGUGUUUUCCAUUCUGUUGUUAAGAUCGUCCUCGAUGUCUCCUUUGUUGUUUAUUACUGUUCCUAAGUAUUCGUAUGAAUUUGCCUGUAUUAUUUUUGUUGGUCUAUCAUUACUUCUAUUUGAUAUUCCGUCCCUUGUUUAUUAAUUUUUUAAACCUACUCAAAAUACUGGCAAAUAAAACUAAUUAAAAAAACCCGGACAGAAACCGGAAGCGAUCUGCCGUAGUUCAAACCAAAACCCCGUACGGAUACCUUGUUAUCCACGUCCCAUUCUAACAUAAAUUAGCCUUACAUUGGACCUAGACCUUAGGCAUGUCAGGUUAAGUCUGGUCUAACAUGCGUUUUAAUUUUUAAGAUGCUUUUGAUAUACAGUGCGUCUAUAAAGUAACGCAUAAAUUCAUUAUUUCGUAAACCGGCGACUUUAAAGAAAAAUCCCGAAACAGCUCGAUUUUCAUUUUUAAUUUCGGAUUUUUUGGCAUAUACACCAUACUAGUGACGUCAUCCAUCUGGGCGUGAUGACGUAAUAGUUGAUUUUUUAAAAUGAGAAUAGGGGUCAUGUGAUAGCUCAUUUGAAAGGGUAUUCAAUUCUCUAUUCCCUAAUAUAAACAUUACCAUAAUUAUUUAUACAAGGUGUUCAAAAAAACAUUUUUUUAGUUAAAAUAAUUGAGACAAAAAGAAGAAUAUAUGUAAUUUAUCUAAUUCAAAAUACGUUUUAAUGUUGUCAGAAAACAGGAAAAAAUGUUUAUUUGACAAAUAAAUAUUGUUUUUCGCUUAAAUUCAAUGUUAAAGCUGCCACCAACCUGCCUCUUGCUAGUUUGAACAUUUCGUUCAAGCGAAAAUCAAUGUUUAUUUGUCAAAUAUUUUUUUUUCUGUUUACUGACAGUAGGAAAACGCAUUUUGAAUUAAAUAAAUUACAUACAUUCUUCUUUUUGUCUCAAUUAUUUUAAUUAAAAAAAUAUUUUUUUUAACCCCCUGUAUAAAUAAUUAUGUUAAUGUUAACAUUAGCGAACAGAGAAUUGAAUACUCUUUCAAAUGAGCUAUCACAUGAUCCCUAUUCUCAUUUAAAAAAAUCAUAGAUUACGUCAUCACGCCCAGAUGGAUGACGUCACUACUAUGAUAUAUAUGCCAAGAAAUCGGAAAUUAAAAAUAAAAAUCGACCUAUUUUGGGAUUUUUCUGUAAAGUCGCCGGUUUACGAAAUAAUGAAUUUAGGCUUUACUUUAUGGACGCACUGUACAUGUAAAGGUCGCGACAUAUUAUCAAACACGUAGCGUUCAGUUUUCGAAAAAUAUGAUUUAAUGUUUAUAAAUAUGACCAAUUCACACUGUCUGGAACAUAUCGUAUCAGACAAAUUACUUUUCCGUUUAAUAAAAUCAUAUUUUUCAAAAACUAUACGCUACGUGCUGGAAACGCUAUAUGCAUGAUAAUAUGCAGCGACCUUAAAUCAUAUGUGUAUACGGAUACGAGUGUAUGUACAGUGUAUACAGAGAAAUAAUAGUUAUAUUUUAUAUAACAUAAAUAUAACGCAGAGCCAUAUGAUUACCUUUUAGUUAUAAUUACAUUAUAUUUUAUUUUACUUAAAUUAUUUUAAUUAUAUUGUUAUUUUAGUAGCUUUUGUUUAAAUUUAUAAUCUACACAAAAGACUUAUAUGAUUAAGAAAAAUGAAGAAAUAAAAUAAAAAUAAACCGAG